UCUGCUUUCUACAUUAAUAUCAGCAUGUUUUAAGACUCGGUCACUAUUGUUUGUGUAUCUCAGACAGCUGUAGUCUCCAAUCUAUCACAGCAUGAAACAGCUUUAUAUUGGCCUUUUAUUGGCCCUUCGGUCAACUUUUGCUCAAACACCCUACUGGAGGAACGUGUAUUACCAGACGCAGACUCAAACACCCUACUGGAGGAACGUGAAUUACCAGACGCAGACUCAAGCCCCCUUUUGGAGGAGCCCGUAUUACUAUGCAUCAACUCAAACACCCGACUGGAGGAAUGUGUAUUACCAGACACAGACUCAAGCCCCGACUUGGAAAAAACCAUAUUACUAUGCAACAACUCAAACCCCCUUCAGAAGAAAUGUGCAUUACCAGCUUCAGACUCCAUUUUGGAAAAUUCAGGAUGGACAUCAUUCAGAUGUUCCAGUGCCCAAUAUUACAGUGUUCAGGCAGAUGGAGGUCAGAGAGCGCAUGAUCAUCAUGUGUUCAUUUAGAAGGAGGCUCACUGAGAGCUCUUUCCAGCUGUCACUGAAGAGUGAAUACAGCUAUGCCUUGAAGAACCCACUGUGCUUUUUAAAUGACGUGUGUGUGUUUGAUGUGAAAAUUAGCCCACCGGUUUCCUUCACCUGCAUACACCAGAUUAAUUCUGUUGUGAACCGUCAGAGCGAGACCUACACCUACAGCCAGCCAGAUUUUGUUGCAGAUCAUCAUGGCUUGGAUAAUCACGAAGGAGUAUCUCCACUCUACAUCAGUUUCUUCUCUUUCAUUGUUGUCGGUCUCUUCAUAAUGACUGCAGCAGUGAUUGUGACCACCAUUAAGAACAAAGUUAAAGAUUCAACGAAUACUGGAAUAGAUAAUGACUACAUUAAUGCAUAAGAAGACAUCAGAGCUGCUGAAGAGAAAAGAACACGCAACCAAUCAAGAUUGAUCAAAUGAUCUUCUGCAUGCUAAACCGUAAUACUCUUAAAAUCAUAAAAUGAUUUUUUUUUUUAUUUACUCCAUGCCAUAUUUUAAUUACAAUGCAAAUAACAUUUUAGUAUGCUGGUUUAUUCUUGAAAUCAGGUAUUGCUUUCUCCUCAUUUGUGAUUUUAAUGAAAUUGAGUGCAAAGUAAAUCAAUACAUUUUCUAUGCAGAAAAUAUCUGUAUGGCCUGUUGUGAAGUCAUAUUUCAAUGAUGUUUGUUGUCCUUUUUAUUACAAUAUGAAUAUUGUUCCUUAUUCUCCAACUUAAUGGAAGCAGGCAUUAUAUCAGCCUUAAAGGUACCUCUUAAAAUGAGAAGAUUCAACAGAAAUGUUUGUUAGGGCUGCAAGUUUUUUUCUUUUGAAUCAAAACAUAUGUUUUGAUCCACCACACCUCCUUCGAUGUGACUAUUGCUGCCAAUGCAAACGAUCAACCACGCUACAUUUCACGUUCUACUUUUCACAUCCUUUUUUGUUGUUCUUGUUAACACUGAGGAAGUCUGUUAAGCGUUAAGACUCAGUCAUGUCACACCUCCCUACAUACAUCAGAAAGCUGUACUUUCUACUCUUUCAUGGCAUGAACCAGCUUUUUAUUCUUUUAUUGGCCCUCUGGCCAGCUCUUAGUAAGUGGAUUGCAUUUCUUGCCUCAUAUUGUGUUUUUGCACUUUGUGUAAUUACAGAAGUCAAUAAAAAUUUCAUUUGUCUUGAUUUUUCAGA